AGCAGACGCUGGAGCCUCAUAGCUGAGCACCGCUCGGUCACUUUACGUGUUUACUUGCUUUGUCAGCGGUGUCCCCCCCUCCACUCCUCCUCCGCAGUAGUUAGCAAAACCUUGGACUUUUGUCUCAGACAGAGACUUAUCUCAUCCUCAGGACUUCUUAUCAGCAGUUUCAUCAAACCUGCGGUGGACCUUGAACGGGGGCAAGUCGGGUUCACUGUGUUUUUUUUUUUUUUCUUAAGCUAACAGGCGAAGAUGACGUUAAAAUCCAAUAAAAACGAACCUGCGGUCCUACUAGAGCCGGCGAACAGCGUCCGGACAGCCCUCUCCGACCUGUACCUGGAGCAUCUCCUUCAAAACAAACCAAAGUCUGACAAGCAGGCAGCCAUGCAGACCUACGAGAAUAAAGGAGCUGAGCUUUACACCAACGGCUGCGCUGGACACAUGAACGGCACCGAUCUGACCCGGAUGAAAGAAGUAGCCUUUGAGAAGAAUCCCUCAGAGCCAAUGGGGGUCACUCUGAAACUGAAUGACAAGCAGAGGUGCACAGUGGCCAGAAUAUUGCAUGGAGGGAUGAUCCACAGACACGGUUCCAUACAUGAAGGAGAUGAAAUAGCAGAAAUCAACGGGAAAAGUGUGUCAAAUCAUUCUGUUGAUCAGCUCCAAAAGAUUCUGAGGGAAACCACCGGAGUCGUCACAAUGAAGAUCGUCCCCAAGAUGCAGAGUCGCUCUCGAGUCUGCGAGACGUACAUGAGGGCUCAGUUUGAUUACGACCCUACCAAGGACGACCUCAUCCCGUGCAAAGAGGUCGGCCUAAAGUUUCAAACCGGAGACAUCAUCCACAUCAUCAACAAGCAGGACCCCAACUGGUGGCAGGGCCGGGUGGAGAGCAGCGCCGUCGACUUUGCCGGACUCAUUCCCUCCCCCGAGCUCCAAGAAUGGAGGGUGGCCAGUAAGAGCAAGGCCAAGGAGGGCACUCAGUCCUGCAGCCCGUUUGGGAAGAAGAAGAAGUGCAAAGACAAAUAUCUGGCUAAACACAGCUCGAUUUUUGACCAGCUGGACGUGAUUUCUUAUGAAGAAGUUGUGAGACUCCCUGCUUUUAAAAGAAAAACUCUGGUGCUGAUAGGAGCACCUGGUGUUGGAAGGAGCCACAUCAAAAAUGCACUGCUGACAAAAUACCCGGAGAAGUUUUCAUACCCUGCUCCACACACAACCAGACCCCAACGAAAGGACGAGGAGAACGGACAGGAGUAUUAUUUCAUCCCAAACGAAGACAUGACCAAGUGCAUCUCGAAAAACGAGCUCCUGGAGUACGGCAGCUUCCAGGGAUACAUGUUUGGUACCAAGUUUGAGACCAUCAUUAAGAUCCACGAUCAAGACAAAGUUGCCGUGCUGGAUGUAGAACCACAGACCUUGAAACUGGUGCGGACCGCCGAUUUUGCUCCUCUGGUGGUGUUCAUCGCUCCCACCAACACAGCUCCACAGACGGAAAACCUUCAGAUGAUCCAGAAAGAGUCCGAUGCCAUCCUGAGCACAUACAGACACUUUUGUGACGUGGUUCUCGUCAACAACGACGUGGAUGAGAGCGUUAAAGGGGUGGAGGAGGCCAUAGAGCAUGCCACAUCCACCCCCCAGUGGGUGCCUGUAUCAUGGGUCUACUGAAGGACCCUUGGCCUCGCUUUUAUUCCUUACUGUUUGUUGAAAAGCAGUGCAACAUCACUCCUUACACCAAACCUCUGAGUUAGCAACGUCCUCUGUGUUUUCUAUUUGGAAGCAUUGUUGUCACAGAGAUUAUUUUGCACUGAAUUAGUAAAAAUAAGCAAUAUGUUGAUCUCAGAACCUCACCAGGGAAGCUUCACCCGGUUGUUUAGACAUUCGUGCUUCGUACUUUCGAGGGGCCGCAUGCCUUUUUAAGAUUGAUGCAAAACAAGACCACGACUGUGAAGGAAAUUACCAAAUUUGGUCACGUGAAAAAGCUCGGCUCAAGAUGAUUCGUUUUCUUUAAUCACUUCCCAUAAGAUUCGGAGAUUCUUCGCCCAUCCUGUCUGUGUAACAUCAUACAGUGUCCUCUGCACAAAAUCUUUCAGACAACCAGUGACAACCUCCUGGCUCUUUGACACUGGAUUUGAUCAAACCUGUAUACCUCAAGGGGUUACCGUAAAGGCACUUUUCAACAACAACAACAACAACAAAAAAACAAUAAAUGGUCUUAGCUCUGG